AUGCUCCACUCCGACCCCAUCAAACCAACAAACACCUACGGCAAAAGCCGUCUGCCGGCCAACAACGAGGAGGUCGGUCAAAUGACGUCCCUAAACUCCGAGGGAUUUCUGCACCGACAACGACUGAACUGUUUCUACGCCAACGCUCAGGGUUUUCUCAGUAAGUUUCGGGAAGUGGAACUACGUUGUCGGACCGGUCGAUGGGAUCUCAAUGCCGUAACCGAAACUUGGUUGACGACCGACAUUUUAGACUUGGAGCUGCAGUUACCAGACAUGGAACUAUUAAGGCGUGAUCGUCCAACGCAAGGUGGGGGCGUGUUGCUCUUUUAUCAUAACAGCUUGCAAUGCGAACAUACUGAGAACCCGUUCGUUGCUUCAGAUACAUUGUGGUGUAAAUUGAAGCUAACGUAA